GCGCGCUCCGCCCGCCGCUGCGUCCCCACUAUGGCGGCGCCCAGGCAGCCCACCGCGUCGUGGGCGCCCGCCGGGGUCCCCCGCGGCUGCCGCCGCCGCCUGCGCCCUCGCCUCCGCCUUCCCGCCCGCGCCGGGCCGGGCGCCGCCUCCCCCCUGCCUCCCUCUCCGCUGCGGUCAUGUAGGAAAUUGUAAACCAUGUGAAGAUGGGACUCUUGGUAUUUGUGCGCAAUCUGCUGCUAGCCCUCUGCCUUUUUCUGGUACUGGGAUUUUUGUAUUACUCUGCGUGGAAGCUGCAUUUACUCCAGUGGGAGGACCCCAAUUCAGUGGUUCUUUCCUUUGACUCCGCUGGACAAACACUAGGCGCAGAGUAUGAUCGGUUGGGUUUCCUCCUGAAGCUGGACUCUAAACUGCCUGCUGAAUUAGCCACCAAAUACGCAAACUUUUCAGAGGGAGCUUGCAAGCCUGGCUAUGCUUCAGCCUUGAUGACUGCCAUCUUUCCUCGGUUCUCCAAGCCAGCACCCAUGUUCCUGGAUGACUCUUUCCGCAAGUGGGCUAGGAUUCGGGAAUUUGUGCCGCCUUUUGGGAUCAAAGGUCAAGACAAUCUGAUCAAAGCCAUCCUGUCAGUCACCAAAGAGUACCGCCUGACCCCUGCCUUGGACAGCCUCAGCUGUCGCCGCUGCAUCAUCGUGGGCAAUGGAGGUGUCCUUGCCAACAAGUCUCUGGGGUCACGCAUUGAUGACUAUGACAUUGUGGUCAGACUGAACUCAGCACCCGUGAAAGGCUUUGAAAAGGACGUGGGCAGCAAAACUACACUGCGCAUCACCUACCCUGAGGGCGCCAUGCAGCGGCCCGAACAAUACGAACGCGAUUCUCUCUUUGUCCUCGCUGGCUUCAAGUGGCAGGACUUCAAGUGGUUGAAGUACAUUGUCUACAAGGAGAGAGUGAGUGCGUCGGAUGGCUUCUGGAAAUCUGUGGCCACUCGAGUGCCCAAGGAGCCCCCUGAGAUUCGCAUCCUCAACCCAUAUUUCAUCCAGGAGGCCGCCUUCACCCUCAUCGGACUGCCCUUCAACAACGGCCUCAUGGGCCGCGGGAACAUCCCGACCCUUGGCAGUGUGGCAGUGACCAUGGCACUACACGGCUGUGAUGAGGUGGCGGUUGCAGGCUUUGGCUACGACAUGAGCACACCCAAUGCACCCCUGCACUACUAUGAGACCGUGCGCAUGGCGGCCAUCAAAGAGUCCUGGACGCACAAUAUCCAGCGAGAGAAAGAGUUUCUGCGGAAGCUGGUGAAAGCACGUGUCAUCACCGACCUAACCAGCGGCAUCUGAGGCGGGCCCAGCACAUGGCCACGGAGGUCCUGGCACCGCCAAGAGCAAGCAGCAGCCACCACCACCUGCCCACUUCAUUGGCCUUGGUCUGGCUCUGCCUGAAAGGCACAGGAGUCUUUAGACCCCGAGAA